AUGGAAGGCGAGAGUGAUACGCCAUCACCUAUUCCUGACUUAACGCGCAAACGACUUCCAACAUUAUUUGAAGUUCUAAGUAGAAGGACUGCUGCGCCAGUGGAUCUCUUUUUCUUUUAUAUUUACAUGCGAGAUCAACAGAGGUCUGUUGACUAUUUAGAUUUUUGGCUCGACGUUGCGCAACACAUGUCCCUCUGCAGACACUAUGUACGAGAACUUCGACGGUCAGUACUGUUAGAAACACCAGAUGGCGAAAAGUCUGCUUCAAAGAGAUCAUCUCAAAUAUUAGGUGAUUUUACAAACCGAAACAACGGAGCCGCAGGUCCGUCGAAUGAAAAAAAUAAGGACCCACAGAUUUCGGCAUUUCUGAGGGAAGAUAAUCCAGGUGAAGUCCCGCCCUCACAGACAGAAAAUACCGAAGUUCCAACAGACUAUUCUCAGCAGCCUCAAUCUAUUGAUUUAUCUCGGCCUAGUAUUGGUCUCAGUAGUUCACAGCUUUUAAAUUCAAAUCCCAUCUCGCCAGAACACAGUAUAUCGCGAGCCGAUAUACGACAAUCUGCAGAAAAAAUACUCUAUACUUUCCUACUGCGUGGUGCAGAGCGGGAAAUAUACUUAUUGGAUGAAAUAGUAGAUGAAAUAACUCAUUCCAUCGAGGAGCAAGGACGAGACGACCCAGAAGUUUUUGAUGUGGCAAAAGACUAUGUUUUCCAAGCGAUGGAACGUGAUGCUUUCCCUGGUUUCCUCCGAGCAAAAGCCCUUGGGAAUCUUGUUCCCUCGUCACUAACCAUUAGAUUAAUUGUCGGGUUACUAUCGCUCUUUGCUGCCCUAUGGACUGGGUUUAUUCUCAUUUUUCUUGACUACCCCCGAAAUACGAGAGCAUGGCUCUCAUUACCAUUCACUAUAGGCGUAUACAGCCUUAUGGCUCAUCAGUACAGACUUGACCCUCUUAUAGCUCUCGCGGGCUUUAGUGAGUACACACUCAUGAACUUUGCUCAUCUACGCGAUCCAUAUAUAAAAAAGUUACUACGUAAACGGGCUGUGACUGUACUUUUCCUCGCUACCUUUGUUGAUCUUGGUCUCGUAGUACUUUUCGUCUUUGUUCCUGGUAAGAGACUCUAG